AUGAAGUUUGGUGAGCAUUUGAGAAAGGCAUUAAUUAAGAAUUAUUCAUUCUACUAUAUUUCGUACGAUGACUUGAAACACCAAUUGAAAAAAAGUUUGAAAGAUAAUGACUAUGAGUGGAACAACCGGUUAGAAGAAGAUUUUCUAAAUGCAUUAGAAGCCGAGUUGGAUAAGGUUUAUUCCUUUACAAAAGUUAAGAACACUGAAGUAAACAGAAGAAUUAAAGAAAGUGAAAAAUAUGUCCACGAAGUGGUUAAUACCUUGCAGCGUUAUCAAAAUCAUGACCCAUUGGUUAGCCACCCUCCUCAGGAACAGGACUUUGAAGAUUUAGAAGAAGAACUUUCCGAUAUUAUUGCAGAUGUUCAUGACUUGGCCAAGUUUACAAGGUUAAACUAUACCGGGUUCCAAAAGAUUAUCAAGAAACACGACAAGUCUACUCACUAUCAUUUGAAACCAGUUUUCCAGGCUAGAUUGAAUUCAAAGCCCUUUUACAAGGAUAAUUAUGACAACUUGAUUGUUAAGUUGAGUAAAUUAUAUGAUUUGGUUAGAACUAGAGGUAGUCCAGUCAAAGGAGACUCUUCAGCUGGCGGAUCGCAACAGAAUUUCGUAAGACAAACUACAAAAUAUUGGGUUCAUCCUGAUAAUAUUACUGAAUUGAAAUUGAUUAUUUUGAAACAUUUACCAGUCUUGGUUUUCAAUGCUGAUAAGGAGUUUGAGCCUGAGGAUAGUGCAAUCACCUCAAUUUAUUUCGAUAACAAGGAUAUGGACUUGUACUAUGGAAGAUUGAGAAAAGAUGAAGGUGCCGAAGCUAUUAGAUUAAGAUGGUACGGUGGAAUGAAAUCUGAUCAAAUUUUCGUUGAAAGGAAAACUCAUAGAGAAGAUUGGACCGGAGAGAAAUCAGUCAAGGCAAGAUUUAGCCUUAAGGAGAAAAAAGUCAAUAGUUUCCUUAGUGGUGAGCUUAAAGCUAGUGAGGUUUUUGAAAAAAUGAGAAAAGAAGGAAAGAAAUCUUUACAAGAAAUUGAAAACUUGGAGAGAUUAGCCAAAGAAGUUCAAUAUCGUAUUUUGAAAGAGAAGUAUCGUCCAGUUAUGAGAUCGUUUUAUAAUAGAACUGCAUUCCAGUUACCAGGAGAUGCCAGAGUGCGUAUUUCAUUAGACACUGAACUCACUAUGGUUAGAGAAGAUGAUUUUGAUGGGUAUGAUAGAACCCAUGGAAACUGGAGAAGAAUGGAUAUUGGAAUAGACUACCCAUUUAGCCAAUUACCAGAAAAGGAUGUUUGCAGAUUCCCUUAUGCUGUUUUGGAAGUUAAAUUGCAAACUCAGUUGGGCCAAGAGCCACCAAUGUGGAUAAGAGAAUUGAUUAAUUCUCAUUUGGUUGAAGCUGUACCCAAAUUCUCCAAAUUCAUCCAUGGCGGGGCUACUUUAUUAACAGAUAUGGUUAAUUUGUUACCAUUCUGGUAUACUCAAAUGGAUGUUGAUAUUAGAAAGCCUAAAAUCGUUGAAGAGUAUGGUAUUCAACGUCACCAUAAUCCCCAAUCUCAGCAAAGGUUAUUGGGCGAUAGUACCAGCGGUAAUGAUUUGGAUGAUGAGGAACUAACUGGAUCUUCAUACUACACCGGUGGUGUACAUUUUUCCAACGAUACCAAUCCCUUAGAAGAUGACUUGGACGAGCAAGUUCCACUUUUGUUGCCUAAUAACUAUUCAUCGCGUCAUACUAAUUCACCAGUAAGAAAUUGUCUUUACCAUUUGUAUGGCAAAUUCCUUUAUUAUUUCAAUGACGACCGCACAUUCACCGUUAAACCAGGUACAAAUUUUGACUUGAAUGCUACUUUCAAAGACAAACUUCCUCCAGGUAAGAAGAUUUGUGUUCCUGUUAGAAUCGAGCCAAAGGUUUAUUUUGCAAAUGAGCGUACUUUCUUGAGCUGGAUUAGUAUUGGUAUGCUCUUGGGAUUCACGGCAACUAGUUUAUUGAACUAUGGCUCAAAUAGCGCGCUCACGGCAAGUAUUGGGUUUUUUUUCACUGCAUUGUUCGUAUUGGGAUAUGCUACAUAUACGUAUAUAUGGCGAGUCUUGAUGAUUAGAGAAAAGAACCCCGUUCAGUAUGGUGAUAAAUUUGGACCAAACAUGAUAUGUGCUUGUUUGUUUUUGUCUACUUUCGCCACAUUUGUUUUUAAGUAUUAUGAUUGGUAG